UUUUUAAACAUGGCAAAAUAUUUAUUCUUUACUAUAAUAUUAAUUGUUACUGCUUCAAUAAAUAAUGCUAUUAUUUUCAAAACUAAUUGCAGUGAAGCACCUCCAGAAAUACAAUCAGCUUGUAGAGGUAUGCAAAAUUCAAUGCUUAUGUCGAUGGAUAAAAUGGCAGCUGAUCAGCCACCUGUGCCUGUUACACAGGAACCUGUAA